AUGGAGAAGGAAAGCCACGAGGAAGAGAACAACAGCCACACAAUCUCAGGAGACUUCAUGGCGAAAAGGAAGCGAGGUCGUCCGAGAAAACACACGAAGCUUGAACCAAACGAGCAGUCUCAUGGUCCUACUCCUCCAGGGUUUAUCAGGAGCCACCAGCAGCCUCGUCACAGGGACGAUGAAGAAGCUAUGGUUGGACUUCCGGUGACUGGCGUGAUCGAGGCGACAUUUGAAGCCGGGUACUUUCUUUCGGUCAAGGUCGGGAAUUCGGACAGCGUGCUCAGAGGUGUUGUGUUUAAACCUGGUCACUGUGAUCCUGUAACGGUUGAUAACGACGUUGCUCCUUAUGUUCCGAUGGUUGGAAGAAAGAGCGAGGUGGUGGUGCAACGUCAUCACGGCUCAGCUAAUGGAGGUCGGAAGUCUAGGUUCCGGGAGAAGCGUGGUGGUAAUAAUGUUCGAACCCCUGUCCCGAUUCAGCCUGCUCACCCGACAAUACCCAAGAACUUUGUGGUUCCUGUCAUGCUUCAGCCUGUCAAUCCACAGAAUGGUCCUAUGCAGAACGAGACCGGGUCUCAAGCGAGUAACGGGAAGCCGUUUGAGACGCUGCUCACACAGGUGAUGAAUGAUGGUCAAGUCCACCACCACACAGCGCAGUCCAUUGAAGCUGAGUCAGACGAGCAGGCUCUGUCAAUCGAGCCAUUGCAGGCGAUACAUCCAGUCCAUCCGGUUCAUGUGCCAAAACCAAUGCCGAGUUAUGGACGAGGCAACAUGACAGAGCUCCUUCAGGCCGUGCAGGAGAAUGUGAGAGAGACCCAUUUUUCUCAAGGACAGUAA